CCCGUUUUCACACUAAUUAUUUCUGGAAAAGAGAAAACUAAAACAAUAUCUCACAAACUAGUAAAGCAGAGAAAUGGCAGAAACAAAGUUGAGCUGCAUCAAAGACCAAAAAUGGUCACUGCAUGGAAUGACUGCGCUAGUUACAGGAGGCACCCGAGGAAUAGGAUACGCCAUAGCAGAAGAAUUGGCAGAAUUUGGAGCAUCUGUGCAUAUAUGUUCUCGUAAUCAGCAAGACGUUGAUAAAUGCUUAGAAGAAUGGAAUAGAAAAGGAUUUCGUAUAACAGGGUCUACAUGUGAUGUACUGUCCCCUGACCAACGUCAAAAUUUAAUCAAAAAUGUUGCUUCCAUCUUUGACGGAAAACUCAACAUUCUGAUAAACAAUGCUGGAAUAACUACACCUAAGAAACUCGUAGAUUAUACUGGAGAAGAUGUAAGUAGAAUAAUGGGAACUAAUUUUGAGUCUAGUUUCCACCUAUGUCAACUAGCACAUCCACUUCUCAAGGCCUCUGGAUAUGGUAGCAUAGUAUUCAUAUCCUCCAUUGGAGGUCUUAAAGCUUCCCCCUUAUGUUCUGUCUAUGCUUCCUCUAAAGGAGCUAUGAAUCAAUUCACCAAGAACGUGGCAUUGGAAUGGGCAAAGGAUAAUAUUCGUGCAAAUUCCGUAGCACCUGGACUUGUUAAGACUGCACUUACGGAUUCUAUAGCAGAAUCUGUUGAUGAAGGGAAUAAACUGUAUGAAGAUAUGAUAUCUCAAACACCAGCUGGUCGUAUAGGAGAACCUAAGGACAUAUCAGCAAUAGUUGCUUUCCUUUGCCUUCCAGCUGCUUCAUACAUCACUGGACAAAUUAUAAUUGCAGAUGGGGGUUACAUAAUCUAAUCUCUUAAGUAAAAAAUUAUUACCAGUAUGAAAUAAAAUACAUAACUUCCCCCAAAGACAAAUCUCCUCGUCAUCCUGGUUGGUCAGAAGCUCCAAAACUGAUCAACAUUUGCAUCGUUUAAAGUACAAUAUUUAGAGUGUUAUCUAUUUCCUUUUUGAAGUUCUUUUUAUCAAGUAUAUAUACUUUAA